AUGGUCGAACGUGAACCCGAAGAUCUUGAACAGAGAGUAAAAUUUAAAGGAGUAAAACCAGAAGACAGCUGCAUAAGAAUCACCAGGAGUAAGUCAGUGGCCCUUCCAAACAUCCAGUCUGGCCAAAUGUCUGUUGAGCAGAGAGCUUUCAGACGAUGCCAUCAGGUUUUCCAUGACGGAGUAGACCCCAGCAGUCUAGUGCCUGUGCUCUAUAGCAAAAGCCUACUAACUCCUGAGGAGCGUGAAAAAGCCAUACAUUCCACAGCAACAGACAGAGAGAGGAUCCAAGCUAUUCUAACAGCACUAGAGCGCCGCAUUUCUAUAGAACCUACGCCCUUCAAUGUCAUGUUGGCAGCUCUCGAGUCAGAGCCAGCACUGAAUGCAGUUGGACAUAGGAUAAAAGCGAUAUAUGAUGAAGAGUGUGGAAAGGGGACCAUGCAGCAGCGGCCAUUACCACAUGCUCAACAGCCACUUCGCCAGAGGAACUGUUGUCGGUGUCUUUGAUGAGGCUCUUGUAUAAUAUUUUGACCACACAUAUUAUUUAGCAGUUACCGUAGCAUCCUAGCUAGAAAAAUUGUGAUUAUCUUUAUAUAGCAGUAGCUAGAGUAAUGAUUUGCACAGCGUGGGAUAUAAUUAACGAUACAGCACUUAUAACCCUUGAGUUGAAGA